CCGGCCCGGCAGUCCGGCACACACCGACCGUCGACGUCGCCGCCGUUACCUUCUCCGUUGCGUAUCGGUUUCGCCACACCGCCGUUAUCCGUUCUUAAAUAUUAUAAUAGUGGUGCCGACGACGAUUCCGCGUCCGCGUCAGCUGUGUUUGUCUGCUGCGGCUGUCGACCCUCGCCGACGGUAUUAUUGUUUUAAUCAUAUAGUAUUAUAUUCAUUUCUAUCGUUUAUUAAAUUGGGGAUUAUCACUAUUACCUGGGCAUAGUAAUGUUAUACUGGAAAUAAUUUUCCGAAGGUUCAUCGCGUUUUUUAUCGGUCUACGAUCGUGCUAUAUCUUCGUCGAUUAUAUUUUAGUGUAAUAAUAUUAUCUUUUAAUUCAUGAACAAUCGUAGGACGUACUAACAUACGACGUGAGUUAGCGUUUUUUUUUUAGAUCGUCGUCGACGAUUUUCAAAUUCUCCGUUGCCCGCGACUUUAUCAUCGUAUGCUACCUAUAUAGAUAACACUGUUAUUAUUAUUAUUGUUAUUGUUGUUUUCUAUAUGGUAAACCGAGGGUGGUUUUCGAAACCUUUGCGCGCUUUUGAAAACGUAACCGUUCUUUCCGACCGGAAUAACUCGCAUAGUGUCUGUUGCGCGCACUCCAUCAAUCAAGAAUUUCCCAAAUAGCAGGCUGUCGUCUCGUCCGGACAGCGUAUAAAAACCGUCGGCGGUACACGAACAAUCGAAGCUCUAAGGACGUCGGCAUGCGCCCAGUGAUUGGAUUAUGAUAAAGCAUUAAUAUAGCUUUCAAAUUGAUCUAUUAGCUAAAUAAUAUUUUAUAUUAUCUGUUAAUUACCAUGAGUGUUAAUGUUGGUCUUGAAGACUCUUAUCAAAAUAGUCACAACGGUGCUUUUCAAUCUUGUAGACCCAUUAAAGCUCUGAUGAUGUAUGUACAACGUAGAAAUUCAAUAAUGGGGAAUGAACCGUGUGACAACAAUAUUAGUAUGCCCUCAAGUAGUUGGUCUGAUAGUACAUCGCAAAAUAUUCAUCUCAAAUUAACAUGUCAAGGAACAUAUCUUAAGGAUACAACUACAUGGUCAGAUAUGCAAUACGAAGCAGAAGAUACAGUUAGUGAAAUAAAAUAUUAUUACCCAAAAAAGAGAUUUUUAGAAAAAGCUGAAAUGGAAGCAGAUCAAAUUGAUAUAGCUGAAAGAAAUUUAUGUACCCAAAAUCAUCCUCCAACCAACCAUUUAGGAGUAUCUACCAAAUGUUUAAAAGAGACUAUUCUUCAAUGCCGUAAUGCUUUCAAGGAUGAUUCUAAGAAACCAAAUACUGAAGCAUCUGAGUUCCUACAACGUACUUUUGGUGAUGUUACCAAGAAUAAUAAUUUAGACUCUGAGGAAAAUAUGAAUCUCUGUGUUCAAACUGCUCAAGAUCUAAAGACUGAACCAUAUUAUCGGUCUGGGUACAAAAAAUUCACUUUAAGACGUAAUGAAGAAGACUCAAAUGACUCAAACGUUAUAGAAACUCCUACAGUGAUUGAACAGUUACCGGUUAACAUAAUUGAACAAAUUGAAGUAAAUGAACCUAGAGGAAGAAUAAAUAGGGCUUGUAAAGGAGUACGUUACCAACAAUUCAUGAACGAUACAUUAUCAAAACGUCAAAAUAAAAAAUUGGGACCAAAAAAGUUAGUAAACACUGAUGAUACUGUUACUAAACGUCGUAAAGGUAAGAAAUGUAACAUAAAAGAAGAAAAUAAUCAAGCUGCUGAAAUAAGUCCAUUACCAAUUCAAUCUCGUCGUGAAACAAGAAAUAGUGCCAAAGUAGCUGCACUGCGCAAACUAAAAGAAAACACUGACGAAAUAGUUGAAGAUAAUAAAAGAAAAUUAAUUUCUGAUGAUAUAACUAAAGAACUAAAUUCUACUUCUAUCAUGGUAGUUCCUAAAAAACGUUUUAGAACAAAUGAAAAUGACAAUAAAUGUGAUGCUGCUGAGGCGCCCAAAAGACUGCCUUCACCAAUAUCUUCAGAAGCUAGUUCCAGUAGAUUAUCAAGUCCAGAAUCCAGUACCAGUAGUACCUCAACACAUGUUCACUAUAAAAAGCGUGUAUCAAGAACAUUUGCUGAAAGUCAAAGUAAUACAAAUCACACUUCGUCUGACUCCAAUGUCAACUUACAAACUUUGGCAGAUGUUGCCUUACGAGGAAUUCCAUUUUGAUUGUCGAUUAACAAUUAUUACCAGUACUAAAAAAAUACAUAACCUGACUAGUGGAUCAGUGAAAGGUUGAUAUUCUCACUGGCUGACAUUUUUUUAUAAAAAAAAAUACCAAUUACUUUAUUAAACAAAUCUUAGAUAAAUUUGCAAUUAGAAAUUCGUAUAAUUUUAUUUUAUUGUAAUUUGUUGGACAAAAAACAAGGGCCAAAACAUAUUUUAAGUCCAUUUAUAUUACACUUAACAAUUUUAGUACAAUUUUCUUGUUUCUCUUGAUAAGUUAUAUUUUAUUUGUUUUUCUUAACUUUUUUUAAACUAUU